CGGCGAGAGAACUACCACUCCCAGCGUCCUGUGCGGUGCGGGAGAAGGGAGGUUGGGACCGUGGUUAAGAGGCUCCGGAGGAUAGCGGGCCCGAGCCGGCCGCUCCUCCUUUUGAAGCGGUUUUGCACCUCUUUGGCCCGCGGCGUCGGCGGCGUCGGCGGCGUCGGCGCUCACGCAGGGGCGGGUCACGGCGGCGUAAGCGGGGCUGGGCGGGAAGGGAGGUCGUGGCGGUGCGGUGUCGGCAGCAGGGACAACAGCCACAGCGGCGGCCACGGGGACGGCAGCAGCGCCGGUGCUGUCAGUGAGGCCGUCGGAGAAAUGGGAGACCCAGGGCCAGAGAUAAUAGGAUCUGUCCCUCCAGCGGGGCCUGGGGCAUCUGAGUCCGCAGCGGAUGAAAAUGAAGAUGACAUUCAGUUUGUGAGUGAAGGACCAUUAAGACCUGUUCUUGAAUAUAUUGAUCUGGUCAGCAGUGAUGAUGAAGAACCUAGCACCUCUCAUAGUGAUAGAAUGCCUGAGUCUAAGGUGCCAUCCUCUGAAAAUCAUCGCCCAGAAAUGUGCUCUAGCUGCAAUGUUCCUCUUCCCAUUGGAGACAGCAGCUCCUCUGGGAGUUGUACCAGCAGUCCACAGAGGAUAGUUUCUCAACCUUCUUCUGUUGAGAACCCAUUGGAGAACCAAAAAAAUGAUCAAAAUAAUUCAGAUUUUAAGAUCUCUGAGACAGAUACACUUAAACCAUCACAAAAUUAUCAGAAUCUGCCUUCAUCUCCACUUCUGGUCCCCCAAGAAUCUUUGGCCUCUUCACAGGUCAAGGAGGAUUUACCGCCAGAGUCUUCAGCUUCACAGCAUGGACAGGAUGCCAUCCUCUAUCUCCAGACACAAGUGGCUGAGAUGUCCCGAGUGAUACGUGAUCUACAGUCCAGGAGUUGCUUCAGAUUUCACCAUUCUAGGCCAAGUGAGAACUCCUCAGUUCCUUGGGACAUCACCUCCAAGGAAGAGAAUUUAUCCACAGUUGAAGAAGAAGCAGACUGCAAAUCCCCCUCAGCUGAUGACAAAGGACAGCCAGCUGAUCCCAGUCAGACCAGUUUCACAGGUCUUUUGAAGAGAAUGGAACAGAGAGGUGUUAUAAAGAGAGUAACAUUACAAUCUGAAGCAGAGUCCUGUGACGGGAAACCUGAUUAUGUGACUUCUAAAAAACGUCUGGUUCCUCCGCUGCAUCCUCUUCUGAGAAUUGCCACCACUGAGGUUUUUAAAGACCCUGCUGAUUGCCAUCCUUCUUCUUUCAUGGGACACAGGGUAUAUCCUGUGGCCAAGGAUACCUCUCCUUUUCAACCAAACCCUCCAGCUGAGGGUCCCAUUGUAGAAGCAUUAGAGCAUAGCAAAAGAGGAAGCACAACAUCUCUUCUAGAUUCUACCUCAAAGGAAAUGGAGGUCAUGGGUUGUAGAUUUUACCAUGCUGCUUCCAUUGCAGCCCGAGCUGCUAGCUACAUGGCCUAUAUGACUCAAUAUCAGCGUAAACUCUGGGAAGACAUGGAGGAUCUGGUCCAUGACCCAGAGUUUGAUCGUGGAAAAGCAAGAUGUAUAAUAUCUGAUGGUAUGGAUGCAGGCCUUUGGCAGCUUUGUACUACUAGGGACAUCAUGGACUCUGUAGUCAGAGUUAUGGCAAUGGCAGUAGACUACAGAAGGCAAGCCUGGCUCCGACUUACAUCUCUCACUAAGAAAACCCAGGAGAAGAUCUCACACUUGCCCUUUGAUGGCACUUCCCUCUUUGGACAAGAUGUGAAUGCUGUUGUUGCAGAAGAAAACAGUAUAAAAGAAAAUGACUAUAAAGACCACAACAAAUAUUAUAACCAACAUCGAUACUUUUAUAGUCAUGAUCAGAAAGCACAUUAUCACAAUAGAGGGUACUCCAAAGGGGAUUGGUACAAAUCCCGAAACCACCCCUAUAGAUAUAGAAAAAAGGGAGAAUCUCCAGAACGCCAUGGGUACAAGAAUUAAUAGCCUGUUUGUUUAGCAGUGUAGCUAUCCAGCAUCCUAAGUAUUUUACUUGCUCUUCCUGACUUAAACAGAUCUACAUGUAGGUGGUCACCUCAAAAACUGAAUGCAUGUAUGGAAUUGCUUCAGCUUACAUUUAAAUUCUAGACUGUUGGAAUGAAGUAUAUAAUAAAAUCAUGCUUAUUGACCAAGUGAGCAGUGGAGACUUUUCAUCUAAGUAGGGUUGACAGAGAUUUACCCAUUAUUUCUGAUUCAAAGUAAGUACAGAGUAAGGUACUCAGGAAUCAGAAUCCUCUUGUGAUCAAAGAAAAACAUAAAGAUUUGUUCCUCAGGAAAAUCUUGCUGGUAAAUUGAGGACCAGGAGAUUUAUGGCCUGGAAAUAACCCACUAACCAGAUCUCUGUUUAACACAGAGACAAAUCCUUCAUUUUUAGGUUAUCAGUGCUUCCUUGUUCAGGCUUUGCUUGUCAGAUCUUCACAAAAUGACAGAUCUCUAUAUCAGGAUGAACUCACUGAGUGCAUACAACUCAAGCUCUGUGAGACUUCAAAAUCAACCAUGAAGCUGUAUAUCAAGAACUGGAAUUCAAGUCAAAUUUUGCCAAAUCUAGUUUGCUUCCAGUGGGAUGACUAGAUGUUACAGGUCUACAGUGGGCACCAGCUGGAAAAAGACUUUUCUACCCAUAAUGUCUUUAGAAAUCUCACAGCUAACUAUCUUCAUCAAGACUGGUUGCUAUCAUACCAUUACCACUCGAAGUUACAUUAUGAGAGAAUUCUUAGUUGUUGUCACUUAUAAGCCUCUGACAUAUCAAACUCGUAUCAAUCACCAAGCUGUGAGACCCAGUAAUGGUGUUCUCUCAGGAUAAUCUGGACCUUUCAACAGGAUGACCUUCUUAAACCCACCUUCUAAACAGUUAAAAUUUUUGAGCUUGAUAAUUCAUCACACUUUAAAUACAAAACAAGAUAUGUAUAUUAGUGACCUGGAAAUAAAGGAUGUUACACUGUCUAGGCAUGCAAAUCUGAACUCUAAAAAGAGCAAGAAUUCCAAACAUGCCUGACAAUCCAGUUCUCUUACUGUAAUAAAGAGAAAUGCCAUCAAUUGAUGCAAUUGAGAAACCCAUAAGUUUUAGACUAUAAAUGUUGAUGUAGUAAAGAGAACAUCUCACACAGUUCGGUUUCUGGAUAUCUAUUUAAAUGAUAUAUCUUUUAAUAAUUUCUUAAAAGUCUGAAAUCAAGACUUCAGUGACAUGUUCUUUGUUUAUUCCCUUAACCUAGUCAGACUUUUACCAUGAGAGACGACCUUGGUUUAAUUAAUAGUUCUCCACUAUCCUGGAACUAGCAGCAGAUACCUCAAAUACAUGUCUCACAGUAUCUUUUCAAUCUCAAGGGAGUGGCUGUACUGUAUACUAGGCCUUAGAUCCUUGUCUUCGCAGCAUGACUUCAGAAAUGGAGAAAAUUGUCAAGUUUGAGGGGUCUGAAUACAUGACCCAGUAUUACUUGCUUGGCAGCCAAAAUAGUUUUUUUUAAUUGACAGACUUAUAAAUUUGUAAGUUGUUUGUCAAACAUCAACAUCUUUUUAUCUGCUUGAUCGAAAUAUUUUGGGUCUACUGUUAGUGGAAUAUAACACUGUUUUAGGAUUCAUGUGGUUUCAAUUUCUUGCCAUAGUUCUUGCAUAAUGGUAAUUGACGGUUUUCCUGGAGCCCCACUUUUUAAAAGCUUAUUGGAAUCUCAUCCUUUCUCUCCAUCAUAACCAUAUUCAGCACCAUAUUUGUGCUAUAGAGGUUGAAGAGGCAAAAAAUCCCAACUUGAAAGAAGUUAUUUACUUAGAUACUUUAAGGGUAUUGUAUUAGUCCUAUUUGUAGAUUAAGUCUAAACUACAGUCUUGAGAGCAUCAUCUUGCAAGUUUGGUCAUAUCUACCGUUAAUAUUUACCUUUAUAUUUCUGAAUUCCCACAAAGUUUUACUUCUACUACUUUAGAUCCAUACCAAUGCUAUAGGAACUGUCUUUCAAAUUGAACUUUAGAAGAGCAUUAAUUAACUGCCUAUAAAGAAUCAGGCCUUAGAAAUCAUACAAAGAUUUUAAUACAUGAUAUGUACUACACCAGUAAAGUAGUCUUAUGAUCCAUCCACAUGAGACUACAGUUUGUUCUGUGAAAGGACUAGGCACUGGAGAGAGAGAGAGACCGUGGAACUGUUCUGUAUAGCUGCACAUAGGUGUUCCAAAUUAGCUAAGGCUACUUCAGAGUGCUCCCACUUUUCCUUUCCUUCCUUGAAUUAAAUACUGGGCCACAAACUCGAUGGUUUUUGAGGUACUCUUAUUUUCCAGAAACCAAGCCAAACUGAAUGAUGCUUUAAGUAUGAAGUAUGAUUUUUUGAAAUUGCUUUGGCACUUCUGCUUAAUAUGCUCCUCCUUUGUAAUUUUUUAUUGUGGUUUAAAGAAGACAACCUAAAAUUUACCACAUGAACCAUUUUUAAGUGUAUAGUUCAGUAGUAGUGUUAGCUAUAUGUACAUUGUUGUGUGUAGCUCCUCCUUUCUUAAAUAUUUCUAAAACAGCAUUGCUAUUCUCUUUCUCCUAUGUUAUGUUGCUCAAUAAUAAAGCUGAAAACAUUGCUUUAUCACUCUCUAAUUGCUAUGUCCAAGCCUCUCCAGGGGAUUUUCCUACAAGUAAAAAAGUAUUUAGAAAUUAUUGAAUUUCGAUAAUCAAGUAGGUAACUUCUGAAGGGAUUUGACAAUUGAGUGGGGAUAGGGACAAAAUGCUGUAGAGUUGGUAGUUAUAAAUUAGUUUCUUGACUACAGAAGAAACAUCCUUAACCUGUUUGGUUUUUGUUAUUUUAAAAUCUUUCCCUGCAUACUUGAAUGAUGAUGGUGUUAUGAAACUAAAAAUGAGGACUUGGUCUAGGGAGACAACCCCAGUAGCGUAUGGAACUCAUAAUUAGAUAAGUUUUCAUAUUGUGCCUGUGAUGUGCAGAGCCUGUGACAAAAUUCUCCAUUAGGCUAACCUCUUACGUUUAAAUACUUUAGGUUUUCUAGGAGGCCUUGGAAUAAUUGUAAGUUAAUAAUUUGGUAUUCUCAAAAGGGAUGCAUCUAAUGAUCCUUUUUCUUCAAAAUGUUAUUUCUUGACUAGACAUAAAAUAUAUGUGGACACAAUAUGAUUUCUUGUAGUUACUGUGUAUGGAGAAAUACUGUUUCCAUUAAUUGUUAUAUGAAGUGCCUUUUUAAAUUUCACACUUGUUUAAAAGUUAACAUUUUGAUGUCUUGCAUAUGUUGCUGGUGAUAAGUGAAUUUUGUACAGUGAUUUUUAAUCUUGUAGUUUAUUCAUUUGUACAAUUAAUUGCACUAUCUAAAUGUACUCUCCUUCUGAAUGUUUUUUUUAUAGCACUGUUUAUCCAUUUCAGAAGGUUGUAGAGUAUGUCCCUCCUUUAUUUAAACAACUUCACAAUAGUACAUUUUAGUUAAUAGUGAUUGGCUCAGUUUUUUGGGCAUUAGGGCAGCUUUGUUUUCUACCUGUAGAUUGUAGGCUUUCUGAUUGAGCCAUUUGUCUCCUAUCUAGCCAUGGUAACACAACUUAUAUUUGACAUUAGGAAAAAGUAGUAAAUUUGCAGACACUUUAUCUUUCUAUUUUUUUUUAAGACUGUGUGACAGCUUCCUUAUCACUGUAAUUGCAAUUUAAACUUUUUACAAUUGUGUGGCAGCUUCUUUAUCAGUAUAAUUUUAUUAUUUACUUAGUCCUCAAAAUUGCAUUUGAGGGGAGCAUAAACUCUGUCAGGCUACUUGGAUACUAUUUAGUAUAUCACAUUAGUACUGUACCGAGUGAUCUGAUUAGUAAUGUCCUUGAGGUCCCAAUACAUACAGGAUAAAUUCUCAAUUACCAAAUACAAGGAGAUUGGAAUAGGCACAGUCCAGAAUCCCUUCUAGUUAUAAAAUUGGAUACAGAGUUGAAUGACAUGGAUGAACAGCAUUAAAUGCUACAUUCAGUAUUCUUGAGGAUGUAAUUAAUUGAUAGGGAUUCUAAUGAAGGGUUGAAAUUAUGGAUUAGAUCUUUGUAGAAAGAGUUUUAAAGAUUGCAAUAAUUGAAAACUUUUUUUAAAAAAUGUGAGGCAUAUUUUGCCCGUGACUUGCACUAUUUAGGUUCCCUCAUCUUUUGAAAUUUAUAAUUUUUUACCUAAUGUUAACCACAAAUCCAAUGGUCAUAUCUGUAUGCAUCAACCAGAUCGAUUCUAUAUAGUUUUUCAUUAGUGGAUACACUUAACAAAAAUAUACAGGCGGAAGUUAUCAGUAAACUGAUGAUGACUGCAUUGAAUGCAAAUAUUUUAGUUAUUUUUUUCAGAUAGAACAAGUUUUGUAAGCCAUUAAAAUAUCCUUAAUGGAAUUUUUCUUCCUGGGUGAAUGAUGAGAAUAUUGUUUUAUUACAUCUUUUUUCUCUUAGUGAUUAGUGGGAUGAUAUUUUUGUACUGCUUUGUCUUUUCAUUUGCUUGAUUUUAUAUAAUGAAAACUUUUUUAUAGUAUUGUUUGGUACCAUUGAAGUAUCUUAUUACUGGAAAUUAUGUUUGCUUACAGUUGGCUAUAACUGGAAGUAAUCACAGUCCAACCAUGACCUUUUGAUGGUAGCAUAUCAGUUCAUUCUUUGUAUUGAUCUUCUUUAUGUAACACCUCUUUUUACAAUGGUGUCUGAUCUUCCCUUAAUCUCUUUGAUGUAGAUUAUAUUUUUCAUUCUGCCCGUAUAACUAGCCAGGAUUUUGAUGUGGCUUUAUGUUUGUAUAUUUAAAUACAAUGCCUUCAGCAUUAUUGUAAGAGAUUUUCUAGUUUUCUCUUUUAAUGUCUUUAAAAAAACAACAACAGUAUCGAGUCCAGUCUCUUAAACUAUUCCCCAUCUAUUGAACCUUCAUUAGUUUUUUUUUUGAACCUUCAUUAGUUUCUAAUGCUUUCUUGUUUAAUGGUAGUAUUAUUUUCUCAUUUCUAUAUAUACUUCACACAAAUGUAUUAUUACAUAUAGUUUGUGGUCAAUUGCAUCUUUUCUCUGUAUAAAGAUUUUAGGGCCUUCACCAUGAAUUUAUAGUUAGUACAGUUCUGAGAUGUGUACUGUAUCUUAAAGUUAGCCAGUUUUCUCUAGGUCUUAAGGGCUUUACUGGUUUUGUUGAGGUAACUGUCCAUUUCAAAUGGUCUGUUAGACUUUCUGAUGCCUUGUUAAGAAUUCAACAAGAGUUCUCAGGUUGUCUGUACUUUUAGGACUUUGGAGCUCUCUCAAGUUGUAUUGAGUUUUCAUAUAUUCCUGAAUAUAUUCCUUGGUAGAGGUGAAGUAAAUGCUUUAUAUCUGGUAAUAAUUUUAAAAUUUUUCCUCUGACCUUAAGUAUUUCAAGGGUUAUUAUAUGAGUUUUGUUAGUUGUCCCUUUAUAAGACUAACUUUGAGAUGCUAUUUUUCCCCCAGGAUCUAUCAUAUGCUUUCUGUUUUGUCCCCCCCCUCCCCGGGCCCAUAAGAGUGGUUCUAUCAUAGCAUUCAAUUUUAAGGGCUACAAUUAAACCUCUUGUUAACUCCCAUUUUUAUUUAUGAUGACUAUGUUUCACAAUACUUUCAUUUAUAAUGUAGUAAUGUGUUAAAAUAACUAGUUGGUUUGUGGUCAGCUUUAUCUGUACUUAUUUUAAUUAGUGAAGCUACAAUGAUGUAAACGAUGGGGGCGAAACAUAUUUUGUCACCAGUUUUAAAUUUUCAGUUCUAUUUUUAAAACAUUUAUUUACAUUAAGCUUCCUGCUGUUAGGUGUGCAGCCCAUUCCUUUCUGUCUUGGGUAGAAUAUAGUUAAUUUGUAAUUGGUCUCAUUUAGAAUCUGAGCACAGAGUUGCAUGCAUGUUGGUCUUUGUUUAAUAGCUUGAAACAGCACCUAUUUUCUUUUACUUUUGGCAAAAAUAUAUUUUGACAGAUCGUGGAAGCACCUUGAUAGCCUUGAGUCUAAUUGUCAUCUGCCUGAGAAGGAAGUAGAGGAGAGAACCUUCAUUUAUAGAACUUAUAUUUACUAGGCUGCUAAUUGCAAGGCACUCGAGGUGGACAUUCACCCUUAUUUUGUAGAUGAGGAAAUGAAAUUUACCAAUAAGCCACUUGUUCAAGCAGUGGAACUGAGCUUUGAAUACAGAUUCUAUUCCUUCAUAGUCUCAAGUCAACAUUGUACUAGGCUGCCUCCCUGUGUUUUUCAAGGUUCCACUCAAAUCUUACCUCUCUGAUUAGCUUAUUUGAGAUAUACUAAUCUUUGUCUUCCAUGAUAUACACUAAUCUUUGAUAUAUACUAGUAUUUGUAUUUGUCUGUACUCUCGUCCCUUAGUAUUUGAUGCCUUAUAUUAACUAAUUCCUGGUUAUUUCGCUUGUCAGAUAAAAACCCCCCCGAACAUCUUAGUUCUCCCAUUGAAGUUUUACUGUACUAUACUAAGAUUAUUCUUGAUGCAUAGUCAUUGGCUUCUCUUUCAUAUGUUGCUUAUUUGCAUCCUAUUUAUUUUCAGCACUGAUUGUUUAAGUCAGUGGUGGGGAAAGUCUGGCCCUCAGGCCACAUAAGGCUGUGAAAUCAUUUGGUCUGGCUCUGCUAAGGCAUUAGAGGUGAAUUAAUUAAAUGUUUGACCAAAUAAAGCAGGCUAAUUUUUAAGUUGAUAAUUUUGUACGGCCCGAGACUGAUGAUAUAAAUAUCCAACUGGCCCAUGGCAGAAAAAAGGUUCCCCACCCCUGGUUUAAGUAAUGGUUCUUACUGCUUUUUUUUUCUUAGUUCUAUCCUUUUUGUUACACCCAUUUUGUUUGAGAUAUACACUUAAACAUUGUUUUUACUGGUAACUUGAGGAUAUUGGCUUAAUGGAAGGAAGGUAGAAUGAUGCGAAGCACAUGGUAUUUGAAUUCCAAACACUUUGACCUGAGUAUUAGCAAGUCACUUAUUUUCUGAGCCUCUGUUUUUCUACUUUCAAAUGAGGUAAUGCCUAGAAAUACUUUGAAAACUCAAAAGCCCAAUAUAGAUUUUCUUCAGUAGUUCUGCUAUUUCUGUUCAUAUUGGUAGAUUUCUUGUUACUGUGGGAUGGUAUUGAAUAUAAAUACAGAUACAUUUUAAGAUGUAUUUAAUAGCAUGUAAUAGUUUUGUGUCAUCAGAUCAUGUUCUUGUUUUCAGUUUUUUAGGCUGAAUUAGACUAUAUUGCAAGCCCAGCAAUGGACUCUCAUUGAAAGACAUUUAAAUAAAAUAGUCUCUUUUCUCAAGAGCAAGCUAAGAAAUGUUCAUAAUAAACGAUGAAAAAAUUAAAGAGAAUGUAGAAUGAAGAGCUAGGAUAUGUAGGUACGUGUAUACAAUUUUUGAUGGAUGGUAUUUUGUCAUUUUGUGUCAGUGUUGAAAACAAUAAUCUUUUUAUUUGUCAAACAUCUCUCAAUAAUUGCCAUGUGCAGGCAGGUACUGAGGAAUGUCUGGGGAUGCUGGGAGUUAACACAUUGUGGACCAGUAGUUUUAUUGCUAGCUUUACCCAGUGGCCAGAUAAGUUUCUCUUGAAUGAGUACAAAAAACGUUUUACAUAAAUGUUAAAGGCACCCUUUAAAAUUAAAUACCCAUUGCAUUUUGAAGUUAUUUAUUGCAUGUGCUUACAAGCUAAUAUCUUUUUAAAGUAUGAUUGGCCACAAGCCUUAGAACAGAAAACACGAGAAUUCUCGUGAUCUGUCCGCAAUGUGUUAAGAGAUGUUAUAUUAAGAGAACGGAAUACCAGUAUAGUGUAAUUAUCCUGUUUAGAGGAAUGCCUGUGAUGAAGUUGGGACAAAAGAGAGAUUCAUCUGGAGGGUCAAGGAAGCUUUUCUUACCAAAUUCUUGAGCUGAAGUUUGGAACAUGAUCAGAAAAGGGUGUUGGACUAGUGGAGAAUAGGAGCAAGGCAAUUGGGUGAAGGAAUCAGUGUGUGCAGGGCAUGGGAACAUUGUGUUUCUGGUUUCAGAAUUGUAAGAAACGGCCCUUAAGAGGCUAGAAUUGGAGGAGAUUAAGUUGAAGGAAGAGGAUACGUUACCCAUGAAAUCAUUGGUUCCUAUCCCUUUAGAGUGUACUGUUUGUAUGUAGCCUUUACUUGUAGAAAGUAAAGUCUGUCUAUAGGUUGGUUUGUACUGUAGUCCACUGUAGACAUCCAGAGCAAAUAUUUUUCUUCCUGAGCUAAGCCAAAGGAGAGCUCUCAAUCAGUGCACCUCUAGCCCUAGGGACAGCUCAGGCAUUGAAAUAGAACUGAGAUAGUGGUUGAGAAUAACUUUGAAGAUGAACAGGAUAAUGUCCCUGAAGUGGAAGGUGACAUCCCAUUAUGGGUGUAUAGUUGCAUACUUUAGGAUUGUCUAUUGGCAGUGUAUCCUCAGCGUAGCUAAAUGUGGGUAAUUUCCCUGUGUGUUGGCUUACAGAUCAUUUGUGGGUGGACUUGGGAAAAAUGAAGAUAUUUCUAAAAAGUUGCUUCAUUGUAGUUAUGAGGUAUUGUAUUGAAGGAAGGGCCUGUGAACUUCGUGCAAGUGGUAUCUCCAGCAGCACCCAAAGCACAUUUUGCCAACUUUCUGUUUGUUUUUUUCUUUGGUUUGAUUUUCUUGCUGCUGUUGUCACUUUCACCUUUUCUUGCUGCAUAAUUCAUCCUUUUUUUUUUUUUUUUUCCUGUGCCAGAGGUAGAGCAGUGGCACUCAGGAUUAAAAUGAUGUAACUCUUCUUUGCUUUGCUUUGCUUUAUAUUCAGAGAUAUUUUUUAAUUCCUUUAAGUUCCAAAGUUACAUUUAUUUAUUUAUUUUUGCCCUAUACUGAAGGAGAAUCAAAGUCAUCCUUCCUAGAAGGGAUUUUUAUACAUAUAGAUAUUGGCAAUUUACCCAAAAGACAAUACAGGAAGAACCUUAUUUAACAGGCUCAAUGGUACUAGCCUUCUUAACUUACUAAAUUACAGAAUGGGGUAUAGUUGUAUGUAUGUUUUAAAAUUUGUUCAUAUAAAGUAGAUGAAAAAAAAUGAAGUAGAUGUUCUGUGUACUUUGUAUUUGUAAACAAUAACCAUUUGGAGAAGGAAGGAGAUUGCUUUGUACAAAAGGCUUGUUUCCUGGGUCCAAAGCUUUGCUGCUGGAGAUGGUAAAUAAAUAUUGUACUGCUUUGCUGUGUUUAUUAUUCUGCUUUAUCUGUAUUUGAAUAUAAAAUUCUUGAGGAAAAUUGUUGCUUUUCAAAAUGUUUUUUGGGAUGUGACUUGAGUUAUGAGUUGGGCAGAAGAAACUUCUGGUAAACAGCACUUCUAGGGGUGCAAACUUCAGACCAAACUAUGGACCAAAGCUUUAGGAUGGGCAAUUUGACUUUGUAUGAAGUAAUGCAGUUUCAGGAAUUCUUUUCAAGUGCACUAGUCAGAUGUAUAAUACAAUUUGCAAAGUUAAUUUAUGCUACUUUUGCAGUUGGUUGCUCCUUUGAGCUUUUUUAAAAUUGGGAUCCCUUACAUAGAAGAUAAAGAUAUAGGUGAUCUUCCAAUUGGUGCUCCUCUGACUAAUCAGUGCCAGCUGACACUCAGAUAUCCUAUAUAAUAAAAGGCUAAUAUGCAAAUCCACCAAACUGUGGAAGGACUGGUCCCUAUGAUGUGCACUGACCACCAGGGGGCAGAUGCUGAAUGCAGGAGCUGCCCCCUGGUGGUCAGUGUGCUCCCACAGGGGAGCGCUGCUCAGCCAGAAGCCAGGCUCACAGCUGGAGACUGUAGCAGUGGUGGCGGGAGUCUCUCCCACCUCCGUGGCAGCACUAAGGAUGUCUGACUGACGGCUUAAGCCCAUUCCCCGCUAAGCCAUCUGUCAGUCGGACAUCUCCUGAGGGCUCCUGUUCUGCGAGAGGGUGCAGGCCGGCCGGAGGGAACCCCCAGAGUGCAUGAUUUUUGUGCACUGGGCCUCUAGUAACAAUGUAAAUAAACCUCUGCCUUGUAUUGUUUUAUCUCUAUUCCCUCUCCCUUUCUUCACCACCCUCCUACCUCCUACAACUUUCAUCUUUUUUUAUUCCUGGCUUUUUUUAGUAGCCAAAAAGUGCUUUGAUGAGUCAGGGAACUGGGUUGUUGCAUCAGUUCUCUGGAUAAUAACUAUUUUUACAGAGUGUUUUCUCAUAGGGUAUAUCACCUGGUGUGGGACAUAGAGCAGAAUUAUUCUAUUUCACAGUGGUCCAGUAACUAUAUUCACAUUUUUCAUUAAAAAAUGCUUAAUUUUUAUCAUUUUUGUUAGUCACUCAAGAACUAAAGUAUUUUUUAGAGAUUAGUAAUAAUGAUUUUAAAAUAUAAAUCAUUUGUCUAUCAUUAAAGAGCCACAAAAUGAUCUGUGCCCUAGCCAGUUUGGCUCAGUAGGUAGAGCAUCGGCCUGUGGACUGAAGGGUCCCGGGUUUGAUUAGGGUCAAGGGCACAUGCCCGGGUUACGGGCUCAAUCCCAGCAGGGGGUGUGCAGGAGGAAGCUCAUCAGUGAUUCUCUCUCAUCUCGAUGUUUGUAUCUCUCCCUUUCCCUUCCUCUCUAAAAUCAAUAAAAAUAUAUUUUAAAAAAUGAUCCACUGCCACAAGCUGUUAUAAAAUGAUAAUUUCUCCUGUGCAAGACCCACUUUUCAUUACUGAGUUUCUAGAGAUUGCUUUACAAAAGAAGAAUUGCUACUUAUAUCCUCUAUUUUCUUUGAUUUGAUCUUGGCAAAUAUUUUUAGAAAACUGAUUUAGCAAGUUAUGGCAAUAACAAGUGACUUAGAGACUCCACUUUUGGGUGAGCUGAUGAGUGGAAAGUAAAGUGAAAGAUCUGCCUGUAUUUAAUUUGAGAAAAUUUGGAUGCAGAAAUUCUUGCCAAAAUAUUACCAAACUAAAUUCUACAGUAGAUAUGUGCAAGUAUCAUACAACAUAAUCAAGUGGGAUUUAUUCUGGGGAUGUAAGGAUGGGUCAACAUUUGCAAAUCAAUCCACAUGAACACCACAUUGACAAAAUGAAGGAUAAAAAUUAUAUAGAUACAGAAAAAGCUUUUGACAAAAUUCAUACAUUUAUGGUAAAAACCCUAAACGAAGUGGGUAUAGAGGGAAUGUACCUUGGCAUAAUUAAGGCCAUAUAUGACAACCCCCCAGGUAACAUGAUUAACAGUGAAAAGUUGAAAGCUUUUCCUCUGAGAUUAGGAACAAGACAAGGAUGCCACUCUGCCACUUUUAUUCAACACUAGAGGCCCGAUGCACAAAAUUCAUGUAAGGAACUCGGCCCUCGCAGCCCCGCCUGGCCCUUGCAGCCCCUCGCAUUCCCGGCUUCAUCUGGAAGGUCGUCUGGAUGGUCGUCCUGCUGUCCAAUCUAAUUAGCAUAUUAGCUAUUAUAGUAUAGGACUUAGACCAGCAAAGAAAAGGCAUCCAACUGGAGACCAGAAAGGAAGAAGUAAAACUCACAAUUUGCUGCUGAUAUACUAUAUAGAUGGUUCCUGAUUUAAGAUGGUUUGACUUUAGGAUGGUGUGAAAGUGAUACAUAGUAAAAACUGGCUGGGCUAAGCUAUGUUUGGUAGCUUAAGUGUAUUAAAUGCAUUUUUUACUUACAAUCUCAUCAACUUAAGAUGAAUUUAUUGGGACAUAACCCCAUUAUAAGUCAGGGAACAUCUAUAUGUUGAAAACCUAAAGACUCCAGCAAAAAAACUAAUAAAUGAAUUCAUUAAAGUUGCAGAAUAAAAAGUUAAUAUACAGAAGUUUUAUACAGUAAUAACGAACUAUCAGAAGAAGAAAUUAAGAAAAUUCCAUUUAUAAUUGCAUCGAAAAGAAUAAAAUACCUAGGUAUAUAUUUAACCAGGGAGAUGAAAGACCUCUACACUGAAAAGUAUAAGACAUUGGUGAAAGAAAUUAAAGAAUGCACAAAUAAAGGAACAGAUAAUUUUGUGCACAUGUAUGAGAAGAAUUAAUAUUAUUAAAAUGUCCAUAGUAUCCAGUGCAUACACAUAUUCAAUGCAAUUCUUAUCAAAAUUCAAACAGCAUUUUUCACAGAGCUAGAAUAAGUCCAAAAUUUAUAUGGAACCACAAAAUACCUUGAAUAGCCAAAGUAAUCUUGAAAAAGAACAGAGAGAGCACACUUUUUGAUUUCAAACUAUAUUACAAAGCUAUAAUAAUCAAAACAGUAUGGUUUUGGCAUAAAAACUGAUACAUAGAUUAAUGGAACCAAAGAGGCCAGAAAUAAACCCACAUAUAUAUGGUCAAUUAAUUUAUGACAAAAACUCUCUUCAAUAAGUGGUAGUAGGAAAACUGGACAGCAACAUGCAAAAGAAAUUAAACUAGACCACUGUCUUACACCAUGCACAAAAAUUAACUCAAAAUGUUUGAUUACAGACUUGAAUGUAAGACCUGAAACCAUAAAACUCCUAGAAAGAAACAGGCCCCUUGACAUCAGUCUUGUCAUUUACUUUCUGAUCUGACUCCAAAAGAAAAACAAGUGGGACUAUAUCAAACUAAAAAUUUGCACAGCAAAGGAAACCAUCAAAAUGAAAAGGCAGUCUACUGAAUUGGAGAAGAUAUUUGCAAAUUAUAUAUUCAAUAAGGGGUUAAUAUCCAAAAUGUAUAAAUAACUUAAAAGCAAAAAACACCCAAUUCAAUUAAAAAUGGACAGAAGAUAUGAACAGUUUUCAAAGAAGGCUUACAGAUGGACAGCAGCCACAUUGAAAAAUGUUCAACAUCACUAAUUAUCAGGGAAAUGCAAAUCACAACCACAAUGAGCUAAUACCUCACUUCUGUUAGAAUGGUGGCCAUUAUUAAAAUGACAAGAAAUAAGUGUUAAAGUAGAUGGAGAGAAAGGGGAACACUCAUACACUGUGGGACUGUAAAUCGAUGCAACCACUAUGGAAAACAAUAUGGAGAGUCCUCAAAAAAUUAAAAAUAGCACUACCAUAUGACCUAGCUAUUCCACUUCUGAGAAUUUGAGAAAAGUAAAUCCUCCAAAAUACUAAUUAAAGCCGGUAUAUGCACCCAUAUGUUCAUUGCUGCAUUGUUUAUAGUAGCCAAGGUAUAGAAACAACUUGGGUGUCUGUUGAUGGAUGAUUAAGAAAAUGUGAUACACACACACACAGUGAAAUAAUACUCAGUGAAGUAAGUUAGACAAAUACUGUCUGAUUUCACUUGUAUGUGCAAUCUUUAAAAAAUGAAAACAAAACUUCUAGAUAGAGAGAACAGGUUCGUGGUUAUCAGAUGGGAAGGGUUUGGGGGUUGGAGGAUGGAUAAAAUGAGUGAAGGGACUUCAAUUGUAUCUUGACAGUUGGUUACAAGACUUAUUUUGGUGAUUACUUUGUAGUGUAUACAAAGAUCAAAUUAUACCAUUUCUUGUAACUAAUAAUAGUGUUAUAUACCAAGUUUACCUCAAAAAUGAGUAUAAAAAUAAGAAAAUAUUUGAGAAAAUUAUUCAAGAGACCUUCUUUGAAAAGUUUUAUAAAACAGUUUAUAGCCAGUUUUUUCAGCAUUCAAUACCAGUUUGUAAUACCAAAGUGGGGUUGAUAAGCAUGUGGCACUUAAUUUUCUAUUCUAUAAUACAUUUCGGGAUUGAGAGUGAAUAUUUAAUGAAAUAGGCAUUCGCAGACGAAUAUUAAAAGGAAGUCAACUCAUAAAGUCAUUUCAGUAUGCAUUAAUGAAGACUAGACAGAUGAACAGAAAUUUGGGUUCUAAUAAAAUUUCUUUGUGACUUAAUUAGCUUCCUUUUGAAUAAAUCUAUUAAACAUUGAGGAAUUAUAUUUGUGAUAGGAAAAGCUAAUGAUUUUACUUUCUAUAUUUAAAAUCCAAACCAGAAAAGCAGUAGGUCAGGUCUAAGUUGAAUAAUACUUUUAAGUUUUAACUUUUAACUUUUAAUUUGACUAUAUGUACUUUUAAUAUUUUAAAUACAUUUUAAAAUACAAAUCAGUACAUGUGCUUUGGAUUUUUUAAAAGCAUAUAUGUAAUUAAAGGAAAAUACACACUUAUGAGUAUGUUUUAGUAAUGCUUUUUGCUUUAAAGUAGUAAUGGUGUUUGACAUCAGAACUGUGUAAAAAUAUUUACUCAGUAGCCAUUAAGCCUGUUGAACUGAAAAUGACUUACCUAAUUCUUGCUUAUCUAUUUGUUAGGUUUGGAAAGUAAUGUAACCUACUUAUUACAUUAUUAGAGACAAAAAUCGAGAGGGAAAAAAUACAAUUUACUACUAGAUUAUGUUCCUUCUAAUACAAAAUUUUCAUCUGUCUUUAUGAAGAGUAUAUGUUAAAUGUAGUUUUAUAAGGCAUAAAUUAGUGAUUUAAGCCAAAUCCAUUACAUUUUCAAACAAGAGAUUGGGAUUCUCAACAGUUUUUGUCCUUAUACAGUCUUGUUCAUUGAUAAGUGAAACUUUGUUAAUUUUAUUACAUUGCUGAUUGUAGAAAUAUUAGAAAGUAGAAUUUAAAAAAGAGAAAACUCUUCCAGACAAAAAUAACUAUUAACAUUUUUAUUUAUACCUGCUAGAUUUUACUUACAUAUUUUUAAAGGAAUCAUUUUUACUUUUUUUAAAAAAUAGAUUUUUAUUGAUUUCAGAGAGAGGAAGGGAGGGAGAUAGAAACAUUAAUGAUGAGAGAAAAUCAUUGAUCAGCUGCCCCCUGCACAUCCCCUACUGGGGAUCGAGCCGCAAACCUGUGCAUGUGCCCUGGCCAGGGGUUGAACCAUAACCUCCUGGUUAGAGGGUCGACACUCAGCCACUGAGCCACACUAGCUGGGCUCUAAUAGAACAUUUUUUAAAUUAAGAUUUUAUUUAUUUA